UUGAUUAUAAUCAAGAACCACCUAAAACACGAGGGAAAAUAUUAGAAUAAUUAUUCAAAAAGGUAGUUAGGUACAUAAUUUAACCAUUUCAACUAUUUGGAUCCGUUUUUGAAAAAAAAAAUCAAAUAAGAAUUAAAAAUCAAUCUAUUUUGUAACAAUUUGAAUUAAACAAACUUUCAUGUGAUUUAUGAAUAAUCAAUAUAGAUAGCAAAAUAUAUUUGAUUACAAAUUUAAAGUACAUUGGGUCCCAAUAAGUUCAAUAGGCAACCGAUUUUAAAAAUAUUACACAUUUAAAGAAUUAAAAGUCAUUUGUCCAGUUUCUGUGGAUCUGCGAUUUUACUUAACAAUACUGCUUAACUAAACGGUAAACUCAAAACUUGGCUUCGGUUUAAAUACACAGAAACAAGACUAUUAGUACCAAAAUCGCCAUAUACUUAGAUGACAAUAAUUUUACUGCAAUAGUUUAGUUUUUUUUUAUGUUUAUAUUUAAGAAUUUAAAAUAAUAAUAAGUGUUAAAAUGAUAAUACCCGAUGAAGUUAUUUGUAAAACAUGUGAUAAGGUCUUUUGUUGCUCUGAAUGUCGAGAGAAGCAUGAACUUAAAAAUCAUGCUAUUGUAGUUCAGUGUGUUAAACCUGUUCUACAUUCGUUUUGUCCAAUUUGUGAGAAAAAGCCUCUUGUCCUUCAUGAACUUAUGCACAUAGAAUUACUGAACCACAUCGCCGAGACACAUUUACCACUAAAUUGUCGAAAAUGUUCGAGACUCUAUACUAAAAUUGAAGACUUAAUAAAAUUUUCCAAAUGCGUUCAAAGCAAUGUCUCCUGUAAUUUGGAAGCUGCGAUAGUCACUGCAUCUCAAAUCUCAGAAGAGCUAACGCAACAGCCCCUUACAAGUUUUGCUUCAAGUGUGUCAACUCAAACUUCUCCAUUUCGGGUUCCAGAUAUCAAUGAUAGUCAUUUGACCCCCAUUUCAAUGAUAAAUUUACGUUGGAAAGCCAAAAGUAAAAUAACUGAAGAAUUUAUAAGCGAUAGCGUAUCGUCUAUUAAAAACAUUUCGUCCAUAAAUAAUUCUUCGUUGCGAAAAAGCAUUGGCCUCGGUGGGCCUUUGACAAAAGGGAAACUUGUUAGGUCAACUUCGACUCCGUUGCAAGCAGAACUCGUAGCUAAGCCAAAGGACCAGGUAUUCAAUGUUUCUGGAGUUCAUAUGUCCAGCAUUCAUAAUUCAGUUAGUGAAUCAGAAACAAGCCCACCGUUGGCACCGCCAAUGAGACCUGUUGAGCCAAUAAGCCGAUACCAAAAACAACGUGGACGUGGUAAGAUAUCGGCAGUUGUUACUCCAUUGCGUCAUGUUAUGUCGAAAAGCAUCCAAAAGGCAAUUGCUGAACAUGGAAUAGCUGGUGAAAAUCGUGGUUUUGGUUUCAACCGAAAGAAAAUUUUCGAAUCUAUCGAUAGCAGUGGGGAGAUUUUAGAGAAAUCCGAAGAGAAUAUUCCAUUGGAUCUACGUCUUUCGCCAGCCGUUCGUCGUACACAAAGCGAAAUAAUAGAUCGCCAAAGUCAUAUAGAAUUUCUUCAUUCAAUUAAUAAAGUGCCUCCUGCAAUGCAAAUACUCCUAUCAUCAACAAAAAAGACCGAAAGAACUGAAUCUAUAGUAAUAACCUCUUCAAGCUCCGUCGAUUCUUUAAAGGAAGAUUCUAAAAGAAAUAACAAUCAAUCAGGAAAUUCUGUUUAUCAAACUUGUCGGAGUGUUGAGAUAAUUACUUCGACAUCAACAGAACUUAGUCAAGUCAAUAUAAAACAGAAUGAAGUUAUCUAUAGCGAAAAUGUUCUGCCACCUAUAACACCGCGAAUCCCAACAUCAGGCGUUUUGACAAAUAAAAAAAUAAUACAAUUUGAAACUCCUUUGGUAGCCGAGAAAAAAAUUAAGUCAGAAAAACAAUCACCUGAUGAAAUGUUUUUCACACCAUCAUCCACUCCAAUUCGGACUUCGAAAAUAAAGAAACAGUUUCAAUACGAAAACAAUAAUUCCCGAUUUGGUAACCAGUCAAGGAAGUUCUACAGUAUGGAAGCACAAGAAAAUGAUAAAAUCGAAUCAUCUUCGGAUUACACAGAUAUUGGGUUUGAUGAUGAAGUUUUCGUCGAAGAGAAAAAACCUGAACCUAGCCGAAGUAGAUUGUGGGAUCUAGUAGCUUCUUAUAUUCGUAUGCCUUCAAAGAAUGUAGACACAGUCCAUGAGAAUACUAAGUCAAAAGAUGAUACAGAAUUUUACGAUAAUUCAACAUCCAUGAUUAGGCGAUGUGCAUCCUUUGCAGGUUCUUUGGUGAGACAAAAGGCAAUUCACGAGGAUGACCCUACAAAGGCAGUUAAACGCAAGCGUACUUACACCAACGAUUUUAAUUUUUCCAAAGGCAACAACACAGAUAUCGACUUUAUAAGUUCUGAUCCUAAAAGAUUUCGUAUUCAUGGACGGAAGCCCAUCCAAAGAAUGCGUUGUAAUUAUUAAGCUUAAAAAUUAUUUAAAAUACAAUUUUAAUUUAUAUGAAUCUUGUAAUGUUGUUUUAUGAUGUUUGUCAAUAAAUAUUUAUACUCCAAAAAGGAAAUGUUUAUUGGAAUUUGCUAACGGUAAUCCGAAAUUCUUCUUUUUAUCAGUACAUCAAAGUUUUAAAUAAAAAAAACAGUAGAUCAAACUUAGACCCAUUGUUUUUGUUCUUUUUAACGUUGCAGUACACGUGCAAAUGUUUAUGGUGCAAUUUUUUUAAAACCGAGUGUUUUUAAAGUUUUCUUUAGUUCUUUUUUCAACUGAACAUCAGUUUUUUCUAUGUUUGGUU